CAUUCCGCAUCUAAUACGUAAACUCUUUGCAAGCUCAGUGUAGGCACACAAGGUCGUUAGCAGCAGUUAGCUGUGAAGAUGAUGUCCAUCGCCACCCGUUCAGGGGCUUUCUCCCCUUACAUGCAGGCUACAGCUUUUGCAGUGGCUGGUCCCCUGAAAGCCCUGAUACCUGGUGUUGUUGUUAAGGGAGAGACGGUUUUGUUGAACCCGAAAAAACAAUUCCUGUGCCGCGAAUCGCUAAAUGGUCAAAGCCCAAAGACGGGGCCUGCCGUAACCGUUAGCAUCAAUGCCUGUGCAGGAGUCCGAUUUGCCCACACAGAUGUCAGGAUACCAGACUUCUCUGACUAUAGGCGCCCAGAGGUGCAAGACCCCAAUAAGUCCUCCCAAGAGAGCAGCGAAUCAAGAAGAACCUUCUCCUACCUGGUCACCGGUGCCACAACUGUUAUGGGCGUCUACGCCGCCAAGACAGUGGUCUCUCAGUUCGUCUCCUCCAUGAGCGCCUCAGCUGACGUCCUGGCCAUGUCGAAGAUCCAAAUCAAGCUGAGCGACAUCCCUGAAGGCAACAACAUGACCUUCAAGUGGAGAGGCAAACCGCUGUUCGUCCGUCACCGCACAGAGAAGGAGAUCGCCACGGAGGCUGCCGUCAACAUCGCUGAGCUGCGUGACCCUGAGCACGACAAGGACCGGGUCAUCAACCCCAGCUGGGUCAUCGUCCUCGGGGUGUGCACACAUCUGGGUUGUGUGCCCAUUGCCAACGCUGGCGACUUCGGCGGUUACUACUGCCCCUGCCACGGCUCCCACUACGAUGCAUCAGGCCGCAUCAGGAAAGGCCCCGCCCCCCUCAACCUGGAGGUCCCCUACUACGAGUUCCCAGACGAUGACACCGUGAUUGUUGGAUAAACAUCUCUCAUCAGACUGAGCUCUAAUUGUACAACAGCUUUCAUUGUCUAAAGCAUGACAGUACUGAGAUCAUCUGUAUUAUAAUGUGUACUCAAUACGGUGAUGCUUUCUGAAUAAAUGUCUUCUGGUUCAGGUGUAAUAACGCUGUGUUUAGGUUUUAUUGGUUUUGCUGUGAAUGUGAUCUGCCAGCUUAGGAAACUGUUCACAUCAACUUCCCAGAGGAAAUUGCAACUAGUCCAUCAGUAUAUCUCACUCAGUGUCACACAUUGGCAUAUAAUCUUCUCUAAUUAAAAUCCAGCGAUAUUUCAUGUAAUUCAAUCACUUAAUGUACUGAGAGCAAAAAGAUCUGCUGUGUUUUCUUUAAUUUUGAUUUUUAAAUUCAUGAAUGCAAAUAGUUUUGAAUGUGUGUCCAAGGUGAACAGGUGAACAAUUGUAAGUUGCAGCCAGAUAUCAUCCUCUCUUCUUUCUUUGCUUCCUGAAUAGGAUCUGAACAUUAAAUAAAAACAUCUGCUUAUCUUAUUAAGUUAUAGUUCAUCUAAUUACCAGAACAAAUGUCCUGUUCAGGUGUAGUUAAUAAAGAAUUAUAUUUUA